AAAACUUGUUAGCCCUAAAAUCUAAAUCCACCAAAGCACAGUAUACCAUAGUGAAGAAGAAAAAACUCAUGAACAACUGAGGAUAUUCAGCAAAAAAAAAAAAAAAGAUUUGAUUUUUCAUUUGAUCCUCCAAAUCUUGAACAGUAAAAUUCAUCAAAAAAGAAAAUAUCAAGAUCUGUAACUUAAUGACCUCAGAGCUUUGAUACCAAUAUCAGUUUCUGCAAUGGCAAGCUUACACAAAGGCAAGAUUUUCUUAUUUUCUUUGCUUUUGUUAUUUCAUGUUUCAUGGGUUUUUAGAGCUUUUGCUGAAGUUGUAAUUGAAGAAGAGAAGUUGGAGAAUCUUGGGGUUGAAGAGAAAUUUGAACAUGUUGAUGCUUUAGAUUUGUUAAAAAGACACCAACUUCAAAUAGAAAAACUAGAAGGGAUUGUUGAAAAUCUUAGCUUGCUUGUUUCUAGGUUAGAAUCAAGAUUACUGGAAUACCCUAAACUUCAAAACUUGGAAGGUAAAGGGCAGGUUGUUUUGGGUGAAAAAAAGAAGAUUCAAAGUGAGGGGUUUGUGGGUAGUGAGGGUAGUUUAGAGAAUAAAGUGUCUGUUACAAAGUAUAGUUCUCUUUGGUUGGAGAGGUUUCAGUUUAUAUCUGCAGUGAGAUUAGGAUCAGAUGCAACUAGCAUCAAUGUGUUACCAUUUAGAGAUGCUGAAGGAUUGAGUAAGUAUGUUGCCAUUGGCGAUGAUAGCGGGAAAGUGUAUGCAUUCUCUAGAAAUGGAGAAGUUUUGGUUGAAUUUCAGACGUCGAUGAGUUCACCAAUAACAGCUUAUGUGUCGUACUUGUCUGUUUAUAAGAAUGAGAGUGUGGUUGUAACGGGGCAUGAGAAUGGUGGGAUUUUGAUGCAUAGAAUUUGGGAGGUAGUAGUGCCUGAUGGUGAUGACAGGGCUACUCUUCGUAUGGAAACUGUAGGAAAAUUUGCUUCACCGGAAAUCGAGGAAGGGGGGUCUUCGAUUUUAAGUUUAGAGGUGCAUCAUGUUGGAAGAAAUAGGUAUAUCUUGUCCACAGAUUCUGGUGGGAAACUAAGGGUUUUUAGGGAGAACGGAACUGUUUAUGGGGUGACAACGCCAAAGAGCAGGCCACUUGCGUUCUUGAAACAAAGGCUUCUAUUUCUAACUGAGACUGGUGCAGGGUCAUUAGACUUGAGGACCAUGAAGAUUAGGGAAUCUGAAUGUGAAGGUUUAAACAAUUCUAUUGCUAAGAGUUAUGUAUUUGAUGCAACUGAACGGUCGAAAGCAUACGGGUUUACAUCUGAUGGUGAUUUGAUUCAUGUGCUACUCUUAGGUGAUAAUAUGAACUUCAAGUGCAGGGUUAGAUCCAAAAGGAAGUUAGAGAUGGCUGAGCCUCUAUCAUUUCAGGCGAUUAAAGGAUAUUUGCUUGUUGCUAACCAGGAGAAGGUAUCACUGUAUAACGUGUCAUCGCUGCAUUACGUGCGGUCUGGUGGACCAAGGCUUUUGUUCUCUGUUGGUCAUGAUGAGAUUGUAGCAUCAUUUUUGAGCUCUCAAUCUUUGGAACUAAAUGAUAAAAGUAGAAACGUUAUUCCUUUAGUUGCCAGUGAUCAAGAAAAGCUCGUUAUUCUUGGACUGGGAAGUGGUUACUUGGGGAUAUAUCGCUCAAACCUUCCAGUUUUCAAAAAUGAGUUCAACACUAUGCAGUGGACGAGUCCUGUUUUAUUUUUCAUCAUUUUCCUUUUAGGUGCAUAUUAUUUUUUUGCCAAGAAAAAGGAAGCUCUUACCUCCUGGGGACCUGAUGAUCCUUUCCCUUCUACGGGUGUUACAAGUGGGGCUCCAAUGGGAUCCAGCCAGGGUGACAGAUCUUAUCCUGAUUCAUCGAGGAAUGCAGAUCUUAUGGAUCUUAGGGGUAGCAGCCUCAGAGGUCCAUCUGGAAGGUAUGUCUCUCCAUCUCGCUAUUCUGGUGGAACGGCAGGUGCCUAUAGAACGAAUUCUGCUGAUACAAAUUCUAGGCCUGCCUCUGUUGAUCCCAACUUUAGAACUACCUCGGAGUUAAAAUUUAGGGGGACAAAUCUAGAAACACCAGGUUUUCCAAAAAGGAGAGAUAGCCUGUUUGUAAACAGUCAAAUUGUGGAUGAUGGCAAGUAACCUGCAGUUCAUGUAUGGUACAUGUGUUUCAGCACCAUACUGUCAUUUGGACACGUGGGGAAGCUGACAAUCUAUAGCUGUAACUUUGCAACGGGUUACUCGUGUUGAGAGGAAAUAAAAAGAACAUUUUGAGCUUUCAGUUCUGAUUGCCUUGAAUUGAUAAUCAAGGUUAAGCAGAUGUCUGUUAACAAUUUUUUCUCUCUUUUCCAUUUAUGCUAAAUAUUUAUCCCAAGUA